GCAUUUCAUCACUCAUACAUUCAUUCAUUAGUCACCUAGUUACUACUUAUUUAAAUUUCGAUAUACCAAAAUUCAUUAUAAAUAUUUUUAAUCAAUACCAAAAGAAUCAUGUCUAUGAACCGUGAAAAUAACCAUCCAAAAAUAAUAUCAAAAAUAGGCAUAAUAGGAGGUGGAGUAAGUGGCAUAGCAAUUGCAAAACAGCUAUUACACCACAAUCCUAUUGUAUUUGAAGCCACUGACUCCAUUGGUGGGGUAUGGAAGCAUUGUACGUACAAUUCUACAAAGCUUCAAUCUCAUCGUAGAGAUUAUGAAUUCACUGAUUUCCCUUGGCCUAAUAGAGAUAAUCCUGAUUUUCCUACACACACGGAAGUGUUGGAUUAUUUGCGAUCAUAUGCUAAACACUUUGAUUUGGUAAAGAAUAUUAGGUUUAACUCUAAGGUAGUUGAACUCAAGUUCACUGGGAACCCCAAGUUUGGAGGAGUGGGACUACCUCAUGAUCUUGAUUAUGGAAGUUUACUUUCAGGACAAUCUAUGUGGGAUGUUGCUGUGCAGACAAAUGACUCAGAUAUCAUUCAGUGGUAUAGUUUCGAGUUUGUGGUGGUUUGCGUUGGGAAAUAUGGGGACAUACCUAAGAUUCCAGUAUUUCCAUGCAAAAAAGGCCCUGAGGUAUUCAAUGGCAAUGUCCUACAUACACUUGAUUACUGUAAACUUGACCAACAAGCUGCUAAUCAACUUCUCAACAACAAAAAGGUUGUUGUGGUUGGUUUCAAAAAAUCUGCUAUCGAUUUAGCUGUUGAGUGUGCACAGGCAAACCAAGGAAUUGAAGGAAAGCCAUGCACCAUGUUGAUUAGGACUUUGCAUUGGACAGUUCCACAUUAUUGGAUAUGGGGUUUGCCAUUUUUCUUGUUCUUCUCAACAAGAUUUUCUCAGUUACUCCAUGAAAGACCAAACCAAGGCCUACUCAAAGCUCUUCUCUGCUUCAUAUUAUCUCCAAUGAGGGUUGGCAUUUCAAAGUUCAUUGAGUCCUACCUUCUGUGGAAACUUCCAUUGGAGAAGUACGGAUUAAAACCAGAACACCCUUUUGCGGAGGAUUAUGCAUCAUGCCAAAUGGCUAUCAUGCCAGAAAAUUUCUUCUCAGAGGUGGAAAAAGGCAAAAUUCUCUUUGAAAAAGCAUCAAAGUGGUGGUUUUGUAAUGAAGGAAUUGAAUUUGAAGAUAACACUAAGGUGGAAGCUGAUGUAGUGAUCCUUGCAACUGGUUUUGAUGGAAAGAAAAAGAUCAAAACCAUUUUACCAGAGCCUUUUUGUAGCCUGUUGGAGUACCCCUCUGGCCUUAUGCCAUUAUACAGGGGAACCAUCCAUCCAUUGAUUCCAAACAUGGCAUUUGUGGGAUAUGUUGAGAGCGUUUCAAAUCUUCACUCUUCAGAGCUACGCUCGAUGUGGCUUUCUGGACUUGUAGAUGAGAAAUUCAAGCUUCCAAAAAUUGAGAAAAUGCUUUCAGAAACUCUUAAGGAGACAGAAGUAAUGAAGAGGGCUACAAGGUUCUAUAAGAGACACUGCAUUUCAACAUACAGCAUUAACCAUAGUGAUGAAAUAUGUAACGAUCUUGGAUGGAAUUCAUGGAGGAAAAAGGACUGGAUAUCUGAAGCAUUUGGACCAUAUAGUAGUCAAGACUAUGAGAAGGAAGAUUGAAUACAUAUCUAAUUAUAAUCAUUAUAGUAGCCACGGCAUAAAUAAUAAAUAAUAGUCAACAUAUAAGAAAAAUAACAGCAUGUUUUCCCCUUUAAAAUGAGAGGGGAAAAUGUAGUGAUUUUUUUAUUUCUUUUCAAAAUGGUGUGCUAAAUAAUAAUAUGUUUAUAGCCAUGUUAAUCAAAUAAAUCAUAGAAAUUUCUGAAAAUUGUUAUCACAUGGCCACUUAAUUUCAAUGAUUACAAACAAUUCAUAGUUACAUACUAGACCAA